CCGCUCUUUGAUAAAAGCUCUCGCUUCUUAUCAUGAGAUCAUCCGCGUUCGUCGGCCUCACGGCGUUUGCCGCAGCCCUUGUGGGCACACACACCGCCUCUGCCUUGGCCAUACCUCCCAUUACCGUCUGGACAGCCGACUAUGUCGUCGUUGGUGCUGGUACUGCUGGUAUGACUCUGGCUGCCCGCCUGUCAGAGGACCCAUCCGUGACCGUGGCAGUCAUCGAAGCUGGACGAGACUACAAGGAGAAUGCCGAUGUCAUCAACGAGUCGUUCGUCAAUGUACCAGGCUCCGACGUCAUCGGUGUGGGCACGGAAGAAACGCCAACGGCGCUCGACUGGCAAUACUACAUCGAGAACAACCCCGAACUGAGAAGGACAAAGCCCGUCGCGUACACUCGUGGGCGCGUUCUUGGUGGAUCGAGCGCCCGCAACUUCAUGCUCACCCAACGACCUACCGUCGGUUCGCUGGAUCGAUGGGUCUCGCUGACAGGCGACAGCAGCUUGAGCUUCCAGAACCUCCUUCCGGAUUUCAAGCGCUCGGCUACUUUUACCCCCCCUCGUCCUCAACUUCGUCAGGAGCUGCCAGCUGCUACUUUCGACGCUCGCAAUUACGGAUCCGACAGCACGGCGCCCCUCUUCGUGGGAUACCCCAACACGCCGCAGAAUUUCAGCAAAUUCGUUGACCUCGCUGUGCAAGAGUGCGGCAUUCCACGCAUUCAGGAUUUCAACGGUGGUAAGCUGCUGGGUGGCAACUACGCCGCCGUCACCGUCGAUCCCACCAAGGGCGAGCGCUCUACUUCGCGCGUCUUCUACGAGGCCGCACGCAACCGUCCAAACUUCAAGAUCUUCCUCGAGACUCGUGCCAAGAGGCUCACAUUCUCCACACCUGCCGGUGGCAAGCCCAAGGCGGAUGGUGUGGUAGUCAGCUCUCUCCUCAACGGCGUUGGCGAGACGGGUCGCAUUGUAGCGAAGCGCGAAGUGAUUCUUAGCGGCGGCUCUUUCAACUCGCCUGCGCUCCUCAUGGUCAGCGGAGUGGGUCCGACUGCUGAGCUGUCCAAGUUCAACAUUGCGCCCGUGCUAAUCAACGAGAAUGUCGGACGAAACCUUGUGGACCACGUGUUUGGAGCUACAAUCACGUACGAGAUUACGCCAGAGACGCGCUCGUACACCGAUCUGGCCGCCAAUCCUCUGUUCUUGACGCAACAGCUUGGAAAUUUCUCCGCCAACAAUCUCGGUCCUCUUACCAAUCCAGUCGCAGACUACCUGGCUUGGGAACGUCUUCCUCCCGCGACUGCCAGUGCCAUCGGUGCUGGUGUCCUCAACUCCUACCCCGCCGACUGGCCCCACGUCGAGUACCUCAGCGCACCUGGCGUCACUGGCAACUUUGCGAACCUGCUGCAGCAAAAUGCCGUUGCUGGAGCUGGCGGAAAGCGCUACGCCUCCAUCCUGGCCGCUCUGGUUGCGCCUCGCUCCGUCGGAUCGGUCAAACUGGCAUCCAAGGAUCUGAAGGAUCUGCCACUGAUCGAUCUGAACUGGUUCAGCGAUCCGGUCGACAGAGCCGUGUCGGUUUGGGCCUUUAAGCGUCUUCGUCAAUUCUUUGCUUCCAAAGCCAUGGCUCCCGUGCUGGUCGGCGGUGUGGCGAACGAGUACCUUCCAGGCGCAAAGAUUCAGACCGAUGCGCAAAUCCUCGAGUACCUUCGCUCGACCGUAUCUACCGUCUGGCACGCCGCUUGCACCACCAGAGCUGGAAAGACGAUCCAGGAUAGCGUCGUCAACUCCAAAUGGCAAGUUCACGGAAUCGAUGCGCUCAGAGUCGUCGAUGCUGGAUCUUUCCCCGACUUGGCUCCCGGACACCCUCAGAGCGUGGUCUACGCUAUUGCCGAGCGCGCAGCUCGCGACAUUGCCGCAUUUAGACGAGCGCAAAAGUAAGAGCGCAAGGAUAGGUCGCAACGUCGCACGCUCUCGCUCGACCACUCGUCCGUCUAUCUCGGGCACGGACGGAGCCCUCCACCUUGCCUUUUGGUCCCGCAUGCCCUCCCUUCCAUCUCGAAAGACAAACCAAUGCCCACGACCCACU